AUGCCAACAAGAAAGCCUAAACCUGAGGCAUUGAACAAUCAAGUUGUAGAACUUGAAGUGUUAGCAGCAUAUGAUAGUAUAGAUGAUUUCUCUGAUAUUGACAUCGACAAUUUUGGUAAUAUUGAAGAAGUUUCUGUUGGCAAAACCUUUAACAACUGGAAUCAAGUAAUGAAUUUUAAAAGGAAAUAUGCUAUUAGUAAAGGCCAUAGAAUAUGA